AGAUAUUUGUUUAUAGUAGAAUGUUUUCAUAAGUUUGAGCAGAUGUGCAAAAUGUUUUUUGACAUCAUGUGGACCUCAGCAGCUUUCGCUCGGAGUUAACUCUCAUAUAUUUGGGAAAAUGAGGUUUGCAAACUUCAUAAAUCAAGCGAUAAAAUACAACAAAGAAAACAAACCAAGGGACGAGUAUCAGAAUACGUGACGGUUUAUCGGUUGAAGAUGGAGAGGAGCGGAUCAGAGCGGACCGCACUGCGGCGCUUCGGGGACAGCAGGAUGAUGCUGCUGCCCUGGACCAAACAGAUACUGUGUGUGGUGUGGGGACACUUACGACUGCUGGUCCAGAUCAUCUGCUGCACUUUGAUGACGGUUUUCCAGAUGUUCAGGUUUGAAGUCCAUCUGAGAAUUACGGAUGAGACAGGGCAACACAUUCAGCACAUGACGAGGGGGUCAGGAGACCCCUCUGAUAGUUUCCUGCUCUCCUCUUUGUUUGAAAGCAACAAAAACAUGGUGGUCGCCGGUUCUAGUUCGCUUUCAAAAUUUGCAAGGGACCCCUUUGAUGUGAGCUCUCAUUCCAGAGCUGUCCUAUCCAGUCUGGUCAACGAUGAGCUCUGCUGCUCUUUGGUGGACGGCUUUGUGUCCCAUGCAACAGAGUGUCUCACAGACAGUGAAGACCUCUACAUUGGAGAUCACUCCAUGUGGAAACACGGAUAUGACUGGAGUGUAUUAGGUGGUUCGGAGAGGAAAUGCAGAGAGAGCAGGUGCUCCCCUGUGUCUUUCUCUGCAUGUGUGUCAGGAUUUGCUGCAAAGGAGAUUGUAAAGCAUGAAAAACUCAUCACUGAUCCUAACUCGUGUAGAUCGCCUACUGAGGAUGUUCAAGGCCCAGGUCAACUGAAAUCAUUAGGUCAAUUUUCAGACAGUGAGUUCAGCUGGGGUAGCACGGACAGUUCCUGUUUAGAAGGAGAGCGAGAGGAAAGUGACAGACUCUGGGAGCUUCUGACCAACUCUACGGAUCCAUAUCACCCCCUGUGCUUUACUGCAUGUUUGUCAAGUGAGGUUACAGAAAAAAGCAAAGAAGAAGUGGUACCACAGCCAGUUCAAAAGGCUGAAAGUCCCACCGCGUCGCACUCCACUGCAUCUACAGGCUCUGACUCUUCCAAACCAGGUUCUGAAGAUGAAGAAGACUUAUGGAGGUCCCUCUCUCAGAAUGAUGAUCCCUAUCACCCACUGAAUUUCAGAGCCACUCUUCUGAGCUCACCUGCUACCCCAAUAGGUUCUAAGAACUGUUCUGAUUCACCCAGACAUAACACACAAAGUAAGACAGUCAGAUACUUAAAACCUUCAAGGUGCUCAAAGCCCCCUUUACAGCAAAGGAAAGUUGCUCGCCAUUGCUGCAAAAAAUUAUCUGUUGAUACAUUGUCUGUGGUGCCAUGGAGAAGGCAUGCUGGUCAGACAGCUGAACAUGGCAUCCAGAUGAAAUGUCCUACUUUGAAGAAGCCCAACGACACCACAGUGACCGUUCGAAUCGCUGCCUGUCUGGCAGACAUCUCGGCCUGGAUGAAGGAACACCACCUUCAACUCAACCCUGCCAAGACCGAACUCCUUGUCUUUCCAGCCAACCCGGCUGUUGAACACAACAUCACCGUGCAGCUGGGUCCAACUACAGUUUCGCCUUCCAAAACGGUCAGAAAUCUAGGGGUAACCAUUGAUGAUGAGCUAAAUUUCACAGACCACAUUUCAAAAACUGCAAGAUCUUGUAGAUUUACACUCUACAAUAUCAGGAAGAUAAGACCCUUCCUCUCUGAACAUGCCACACAACUGCUCGUUCAGUCCCUUGUCAUAACUAGACUGGACUACUGUAACGCUCUCAUUGCAGGCCUUCCUGCAUGUGCUAUUAGACCUCUCCAAAUGAUCCAGAAUGCAGCAGCAUGUCUGGUCUUUAAUGAACCUAAGAGAGCGCACGUUACACCACUCUUUGUCUCUCUCCACUGGCUGCCGGUUCAUGCACGUUUUAAAUUCAAGGCCCUGAUGCUGGCAUAUAAAACAGUCACUGGGUCUGCUCCAGCAUACCUAAAAACAUUUAUGCAGAGCUACGUUCCCACCAGAAGCCUGCGGUCGGCUAAGGAACGUCACCUUGUCGUACCAAAACAAAGAGGCACCAAAACACUUUCCCGGACUUUCAGAUUCAUCAUACCACGGUGGUGGAAUGACCUUCCCAACUCAAUCCGGGAAGCUAACUCACUCUCUAUCUUCAAAAAACGGCUAAAAACACAUCUUUUCCAAAAGCACUUAACCGGUCAAUAAAAAAAAUAAAAAAUAAAUAAAUAUAUAUAUAUAUUUACAUUUCUUGUUGCACUUAAAUCUGUUUUGUAUACUAUUAUGAUGAUAGUGAAACUUUGUAAUAUGGCACUUUUCAUACCACUGUCUCCCUAAGAUGAUUCGCUGAUGUUCUUCCUCUUUUGUAAGUCGCUUUGGAUAAAAGCGUCUGCCAAAUGAAUUAAUGUAAAUUUAAAUGUAAAUGUUCUUCGGCUUGCAAGCCUCACCCUUUUUCCUCCAAACAUAACGAUGGUCAUUAUGGCCAAACAGUUCCAUCAGACCAGAGGAAAUUUCUCCAAAAAGCAAGAUCUUUGUCCCCAUGUGCAAUUGCAAACUAUAGUCAGGUGGUUUUUUAUGGUGGUUUUUGGCUAAAUUAUUUAGAUUUUUCCAUGAUGUCAAGCAAAUAGGCACUGAGUUUGGAAGGCCUUAAAAUACAUCCACAGGUACACCUCCAAUUUAGUACACCACCUAUCAGAAGAUAAUUGGCUAAUUGUCUAAAGGCUUGACAUAAUUUUCUGGAAUUUUCCAAGCUGCUUAAAGGCACGGUUAACUUAGUGUAUGUAAACUUCUGACACACUGGAAUUGUGAUAUAGUAAAUAUAAAGUGAAACAAUCUGUCUGUAAACAAUUGUUGGAAAAAUUACUUGUGUCAUGCAGAAAAUAGAUGUCCUAAAUUACUUGCCAAAACUAUAGUUUGCUAAUAUUAAAUCUGUGGAGUGGUUAAAAAAUUUGUUUUAAUGACGUCAACCUAAGUGUAUGUAAACUUCUGACUUCAAAUGUACUUGGGGCUAAAUUAAAUGGCAGUUAACGUGUUAUUUUUAAACACCUUUCAUUCGCUUUUUACAAUUCAUGUAAAAAUGUCUCCAUGUUGUAAUUUCCACUCUCAUUGUUGAAUGUAAAAUUUGUUUCCUUGAACACUUUCCUGUCUUGUUUGUUUUGAUUUUUUCUU